AUGACACCUAUUAUUGUGAUGGCUUUUAUGAUUACAAGACGGGUAGGAGCUACAUAUACAAGCAAAGAGAAAGACUCAUCUGUCAAUUCCAAUGCUAUUGUGAAAGAAAGUUUAACAGCAAUAAAAACUGUUACAGCUUAUGGUGGACAACGCAAAGAACUGACUAAAUAUGAACAAUAUUUGGUGCAAGGCAAACAAGCUGGAAUCAAGAAAGGUCUUUAUACUGGCUUCUGUCAAGCAUUUAUUAAUAUAGUAUUAUAUGCAUCAUUUGCACUUAUUUUUUGCUCACGGAAAGUUCCGGUACUAAAGAACUUUAACCUUGUUAUUCCAUCAGGAAAAAUAACUGCUAUUAUUGGUGGCUCCGGAUGUGGAAAUAACGAAAAUGAACAAGACUUGAUAAAAGCAUUGCACAACAUCAAAAUAACAUUGGGUUUAACUGUUGUUGUAAUUGCUCAUCGUCUAUCCACUAUACAACAGGCUGAUAAUAUUGUUUGUAUGGAACAUGGGCGGGGUAUUGUUGAACAGGGUAGACAUGAAGAAUUAAUGGCACAUGAUGGCUUGUACAAACAGUUCUAUAUGACACAACAAAAUCCCAUAGUGUCAGUAGUCACAAAAGAAGAAGAAUUGACAACAACUACAAUAAAUAUUAACGAAAAUAAUGACGGAGCAAUGGAACAACCAACUGAUGUACAACGAAUAUCUCCAGCUAAUGAUAAUAGUAAAGUGGCAAUGUUUUUGAUAGAAAUAUUAAAAUUAAAUCGUUCAGAAUGGUUCUAUAUGUGUUUGGGAUGUGCGGCAUCACUGAUUUAUGGCGCAAUAACACCGGCUUUUGCUCUAAUAUUCAGUGAACUUUAUGCAUUAUUUAUCGAACAAGACUAUCAGAAACAAGAAGUACAAGCACGAAAUUAUGCAAUAAUCAUUUUUUUCAUUGGCGUUCUCGGUGGUAUCUGUCAAAUGAGUUUUACAUCAUCAUUUGCCAAAUCCGGCGAAGAACUAAUGGCUAAACUUCGACUGAUGAGCUUUAAAGCAAUACUAAGACAAGAAAUUGGUUGGUUCGAUCGAAAAGAGAAUAAUAUUUUUACAUUGGUAAAUAAUCUAUACGCAGAUAUCAAUGCACUUAAAAGUCUUAACGGAAUGAAUAUUGGAAUAUUUUUUAAUGCCAUUGGUGCCAUUGUGACCGCUUUCGUUAUUGCGUUUCGUAUUCAUUGGCAAUUGACACUCAUUAUAUUAUGUUUUGCACCAGUGAUUAUUCUUACGAGUAUUUUUCUACAAGGACAACAAUUUUCAACGAAUAUUGGAAAUAAGAACAAAGUCAAAACCAAAACAACUUCUCACGCUGAAAAAGGAAAUAAAGUAGGAAAAUCGAAGGAACAAGAGCAAGCCGUCUCAUUAUUAUGUCAUCGAUAA